CCUCCCUCCAUCAAACUGCACAGUCCUGCUACAGUCCACAGCUGUAUAACGGUCCUCUCUUCUCGUGUACUCUCUCUUCACCAGCAGACGGUCGGGCAUCAUGUAUCACAGCCAUAGCAUCCACACUGGUCCUGUGAUGAGGCAGAGCCGCAGCUACACAUCCAGUGCUGCGCCCCACAAGGCCCACAGCGUGUCAGGCCUCAGCUUCAGGCAAGGUCCUCGCAUCUCCUCCACUCAAGUUCGCACCGUCUCCUCUGGGUAUGGAGGUGGCAUGGGGUACGGAGGCGGCAUGGGGCUCGGAGGUGGCAUGGGGAUGGGCGGUGGCAUGGGGAUGGGCGGUGGUGCUGGAUUUGACCUGUCCAAUGCCCUGGACCAGAGCAGCGUUCACCUGAACGAGAAGGCCACCAUGCAGAACCUGAAUGACCGUCUGGCCUCAUACCUGGAGAAGGUCCGCUCUCUGGAGGCAGCCAACAGCAAGCUGGAGCUGCAGAUCAGAGAGUACUACGAGCAGAAGGGCCCAGCAGCAGAGAGGGACUACAGCAACUACUGGGCCAUUAUCAAUGACCUGAAGGACAAGAUUGCCGCCGCCACCAUCGGCAAUGCCAACGUCCUGCUCCAGAUUGACAACUCCAAACUGGCUGCUGAUGACUUCAAGACCAAAUUCGAUCAUGAGCUGAUGAUGCGCCAGUCUGUUGAGGCUGACAUCGCCAACCUGCGCCGUCUGCUGGACCAGACCACCCUUACCAAGGCUGACCUGGAGAUGCAGAUCGAGGGCCUGCAAGAUGAGCUGGCCUACCUCAAGAAGAAUCACGCAGAGGAACUGGCAGCACUUCGCUCUCAGCUUUCAGGCACAGUCAACGUGGAGGUGGAUGCUGCACCCCAACAAGACCUUAACAAAGUCUUGGAGGAUAUCCGCGCCCAGUACGAAUCCAUCACUGACAAACAUCGUCGAGACCAAGAGGCCUGGUUCAGUGAGAAGUCGUCCACACUGAGCAAGGAAGUGGCCAUGAGCACAGAGACAAUCCAGACGUCCAAGACAGAGAUCAAUGACCUGCGGCGCACACUGCAGGGCCUGGAGAUUGAGCUGCAGUCUCAGCUCAGCAUGAAAGCGGCUCUGGAGAACACACUGGGUGAAACAGAGGCUCGGUACAGCGCCAUGCUAGCCGGUUACCAGAACACAAUCAACAUGCUCGAAGGCGAUCUCGCCAAUGUAAGGGCUAGCAUCGAGCAGCAGGGCCAGGACUACAGGAUGCUGCUUGACAUCAAGAGCAGGCUGGAGCAGGAGAUCUCGACCUACAGGAGCCUGCUGGAGACAGAGGAGUCCAGACCAAUGGGCUCAGGGGGCACAAAAACCACACUCACAACCACCACUGUGCGCAGCUCCAGCUAGGAGGUCCAACUGGCAGGACAUGCUGUUCUCAGACACACACACACACACAGAUACUCAAACAGAACACACUCUUAUGAAGAAAAGCUGUUACGAGAGAUGACUGAAACUGUACUGAAAAGACUGAGAGAAGUAGAAAAUGAAGUGUAAAGUGAAGUGAGAAACAAUGUUUGCAAAGAAGAAGAAAUGUCGACUUAAUGUGUUUGUGUGUGUGUGUGUGAACUGUCUGACAAAUAAAAAUGGCUGGUGUAUACAA